AGUUUUGUGGAAUUUGAUGAAGUGGGUCCCUUUAUCUUGUGGCAGCAUUCUCCAACUAGCACUUUGCACUCAUCUUUCUCUGAUCAUCCUUUCUGGAAAUGUAUGGCUUCCCACUCUCUGCUGCAACACUCUAAACCAUCACUAUAUAUACACAAAAACUGAAGCCUCCUUACUCCAAAAUCAUUGCAUCAUCUUCACUUCAACAUCUUCUUGUAUUUACUUGGCAUCAGAUAUCAGAGUUAAUUAUGGGUAUUCGUCUGCCAAUAUUUAUGGCUCUUCAUGCGAACAAGAUAUUCAAGUGGCAGCAGCAUCUGCAUAACAGAAACCAUUCGAACGUUCCAAAGGGUCACAUAGCAGUGUAUGUGGGAGAGGCUCAAAAGAAGAGGUUCGUGGUUCCGAUAUCUUACUUGAACCAUCCUUCGUUUCUUGAUUUGCUAAACCGAGCGCAGGAAGAGUUUGGCUACAAUCAUCCAAUGGGAGGUCUCACCAUCCCUUGCAAAGAAGAGGCUUUCAUCUCUCUCACCUCUCAAUUACGUUAUUCCUGAAACUUUUCACUGUUUUUCAUACUAACUUCAUACGUCAUAAGAUGUAUCUCAUUGUAUACUAUAAACUUUGAUUAUAUGUAUUGACUGUUUCUGUCAUUCAUAUGCUGCUUGUUCAAUGUUGCAGCUUUCCUUUCUAGGCAUCGUGUUCUUGUAUAUUAUGUUAAGGAUACUGAUGAUUAAACAGAUUUUGCAGUAAAAA